GUCAGAAAAGGUUCCAUUCAGUACGAAAAAGCCAGCGGGUGAAAGAAGCUUCACAACGAAAUUGAAAUACCUGACCAUGAAAUCGAAACAACUUCUAGCAGCAGCUGUCUGCCUAGCUGCUGCCCUAAUUUUGGGGACACAGGCACAGGAGAAUGCAAUGUUGCAAAUUCCCCCUUCACUGGUCGAGUGCUACAACACGUCAUUCUUCAUGAACCGGGAUAAUCGUCUGCCAGCCAAUAUGGACACGCUCAUCUCGCUUAUCGAGAAGGUGGAAAACAGCUACGCUGGAACUUCGGGGGUGCAAGCCGAUAUUCGAACUGUGGCGGUGUCCUUGCUGCAUCGUUUCCGACAGGAUGGCAUUAAAAAGGCCGCUGGAAUUAAUGCCGCUGAUGGCGUAAUACCGUACAGUCCAACGGGUUUCCAGUUUCCCAAGUUCAAAAUUUUGCUAUCACGUUUAAUUCCGGGAAACGCCAACAGCUUUCCCAACAGUUCGUUGACAAGUGUGGAACGGUGUUCCCUCCAUUUUAUGCUAUCAAGCACUUUUGACACGAGAUCGCGGGGUGAUGAGAACAACGUGUGCAACCAGCUCUCUCAGUAUCGAGCCCAGCGACUGCCGCGGUCCCUAAGGAAGGACUAUGACAACAACUUCAUUAGCGAUGUUGAAUGGCUAGAGACACGGCAGAAACGAGGACGAUCUUCCAUCUCUGCCUCAAAGUACGAACAGUUGGGAGAAUUGGACUAUGAAUCCGACUGGGCCUAUGCCGGUUCUGAAGGAACUAGCCAGUGCCCUGUGGAGGAUGGCCUUGUUCGGACGCGCUGGGGAACGGUUUCAGCAGGUACACUAAUUGCCGGCAUCGCAGCUGGCGUCCAGCAACAGACAAUCCAAUUGACUACCCUGUUGGCCCUUUCCUCUCAGAGACGUGCACGUGGUCGCAGUCAGUCUCAAACAACCAGUACCAUCGACAAUAGGUGGGCGGCUACUUUGUCUGGGGACUUGGCGGAAGUAACGUUGGUCCAGCUUCCGGCGUCGACCACUCCAGCUUCUGUUGGAGCUACCGGCGGGUGGAAUGAUACGGUUCUGCCACAUUGGUACUUUUUGUCGCAGCGCACCAACCUUGAGGCGACUGAUGCGGAGAUCCGGGGCGGCCUUGAUGGGUUGAUUCUUGCAAAAAAUGUGGCCAGUUGGAGAACUCAGGCAUCCAGCCUUAAACUUUCUCAACUAUUACGCAUGUACUACUCCACAAACGGGGUCCUCAGUUCGGGAAUCAAUGCCUGCAGUAGGCAAAGCCAAUUCACAAAUGUGGCACCAUCACAGGAAAUGGAGGACCAGACUAGCGCCUUUGCAGCACUAUUGGAUCGGGAGAUGCAAUUGCGUGUUACCCUCCAGCCGGUCGUUAUUUCUCAGUUUGCCGGUAACGCCACCGCAGCGCUGGUAACUUAUGUGCCACAAUCGUUAAACGAUGUCUCCUGUACGGCGACAACCAAUCUUGACUUGACGGAUGUCAUUACUCCCAUGACUAACCUAUAUAUUUUCUUGGAUACUUCUUGGCAGUAUAGCACCAUUGUUGACUAUGUGACUUAUGUUAUCCAGCAGUUAAAUGUGCAUCCCUAUGCCAGCACAGUCACCAUGCUUUCGGCACAUGAUGGGUCGAUCAUCGUGAACACCACGAACUAUAUCACCGAUGUUUAUCAGCAAUGGAAUGUCACUACGCAGGCUUUAUAUACUCAGGGAUUCAAUCUUCCUAAUGUGCUGCGAACGAUUCAGAACCUUACCCAGAACCUAAUGAACGAGGAAAAAACUAAUUCCAGUUUAAGUGGGCACUCCUUGGUGGCUCUAAUCAUUCCAAACCAGUCAACCGUUAAUGAUGGCGACUCCAGCUACGCCACUACAGAAAUACAGUACAUCCAAGAGCAGAUUCCAGACCUGCGCUUUAUAUACUAUGGCGGUGGAAGCAUUCAAAGGUUUUCGAGCUUUGUCCGCGAUCCCUCCCAAGAUCUAUUCUCCCUUACUUUGGGCAGUACAGCGGCGACAUCGGCUGGACCAGUAGCAAAGCGCAUUAUCCAAAUUCCUCGACGCGUUAUUAACCCACGUUGCGGAUCAAAUUGGUACACAAGUAGCUGGGGCACUGACCAAACAGCCCAAUAUGUGGGGCCCGGCAAGGUCAACUUUUACAGGGUCUCGGCAAACUAUUUCUUUGGAACUGGCGCGAACCGGUAUUUGACCAUUCAGUCCCAAAACGGAGGAAGUUACACGAUAUGUACUUCCCGCACAUACUCCUGGCCGCAACAGAACUCGACCACUAGCUCUACAGCUACGUCAAUAGAUCAGAGUUGCUCGCAAAUAAGCGGAAGUAGUUAUAGCUACGAUCUGUCAAGCGCCUGUAAUGGCUACUACACUAUCACCCAGUGUCCAGACUUGUAUUUGUCGGUCCAGGCUACCUCAAAUACCACAUCCUGCACACAGGAUGCCUGUCAGACCCCUGACCAAUGGCGUUAUAUUAUGUCAAUGGUAAACAUGGGAUGCUACAGCGGAGUCUCGGGCCUAGCAGCCAGCCUCCUUACAAUUCUUCUCGCCUUGUUGGUUCACAGGCUGGUUCAGUGAUCGGUGGCUAGUGUAUGGUAGUAUUAGUGGUUACCUUACCUUACCUUCCCGUCCCCCAAUACAAACAAUUAUUUGUCCUUUACUAUAAUCUUAUAUUUUUUCGUAAAUAAGUUGUAUGUCCCAGUGAAACAGUCGUGAAUAAAUUUCCCCACUAUAACUACA